ACAGUGAGACCAAAGAGAUUGUGGUGGGUUUCUGUAGACCCCCAACACUGGUAAAUAUUCAUCAAAUGCAUAUUGAAAUAGUGGACUCAUAUAAGUACCUAGUAGCAGACUGUACAUGCUGGUAUAACAGAAGCAUAAAAAAAUUAACAAAAAAUUGGCCUGGACACAAAUGAUGGUACCUUAACCUAAUAUUUUGUUGUACAACCUUUUGAGGCAAUCACUGCAAUCAAGCGAUUUCUGUAACUCCAAUAAGAUGUCUUCACCUGUCCACAGGUAUUUUGGUCCAACUGCUCCAGCUGUCUCAGGUUUGAAGGGUGCCUUGUCCAGACUGCAGCUUUCCCCACCAUUGUUUAAUAAGAUUUAGAUCAGGGCUCAAAGAAGGCCACUUUACAAUAGUCCACUGUUUUGUUCUUCACCAUGUUUUGUUUUUUUUAGCUCUAGGUUUUUAAGCGACUGACAGCAUUAACACCGUUCACUAGAACCACAGGAUCUGAUCUGAUAACAGUUCUGAUUUAAGUUUAAUGUGUGUUUGUAUCUUUCUCCACUUUAUUAGCACUUUCUCUGUCUCUUAGUUGUUUAUAGACUAAUUUUUUCCAUCUCAACAGCAACGUCAUGACCAUUUAUCUGACAGAACAACACCAAUAUGGAAAUGUGGUUGUGAGGUGGGUGAUGAAAAUACUACAUAGAAUGUCAUCAGAUGUCUUGUUUUAGAGCAUGCUCAGUAACGCUCGGCUAUAAUAUAAAAGCAAGCCGCGCUUUCUUACACACUGUGUUAAGUGUGAAAACACAAGAUGUCUGGUUUCUCCGGCUUCUUUUUAAUCUUCUGCACUAUACAUUCAGUUGAACUUCGCUUGAAUUAUUCGGGUUCCAAUUCAAAGCCAGAAGUUUAUCAGCCUGACAAAGUUCUCUGUGUGAAUAUGGGGGACUCGGCUACUCUACACUGCUGUGUUUCUGGUGAAGAUGUUGGAGCAGUUAUAUGGUUUAUGCAACCAAACAGAAAAAAUCCCCAGAUUAUGAGCAGAGGUUAUAAAACUCCUGAAGUCACAUUUUUCAAUGAAUUCCAAAAUCUUCGUUUUCAAGUACAAAUCUCUUCAAACUGCUCCGAUAUGACUAUUUCUAACAUCAUCCAGUCUGAUGAAGCCAUGUACUACUGUGCCAUCAUAAAACCAUUCAGCACGUUUGGACGUGGGACAUAUUUAAAAAUUAAAGGUGAUCAUGUUACUAUUGCAUCAGAAUCAGAAAUGAUCAGAUCUCUACAUCGGACAGUGAUCGGUUUGGGAUCGGCUUUGGGUUUGUGCGCACUUCUGAUUUUCUGUCUCACUUAUUUCAUCCUGCGGAGAAGAAAAGGUGAUAAAACAAACGCUUCUGCUAUUGAAGAUUCUCCAAGAACGAGACAGGAAUCUGAAGUUGACACGCUGAAUUACGCAGCUUUGGAAUUCUCUAAACGGAACGCAGUAAAAAGUCGGACACAAACUGACACAACAGGAGACCAAUGCGUUUACUCUACUGUGAAAAACAGCUCUAAUGUCUAAUGUGAAUUAUCUAACACGUUUCUAAUUAAGUGACCUAUUUUAGCAUUUAUAAAGCACUUCUCUUCUUCUUACAUUAAACAUUAUAUUUGUAUAUAGUAUAUAUUUGUAUAUAUUUACCUGAAUAAAGACAAAAAAGUAAACAUGCAUCUACACUUUAAAUACUGCUUCAUUUAAUCCUGUAAAACCCAAAUAUUGAAAAAAAUAAAUAUGAAAUAUGUGCUGUGGCACACCUACCCAUCUACCUACCCACCUACCUACCUACCUACCUACCUACCUACCUAUGUACAUAACUACCUACCUCUAAACAUUUUAUAGGACACACAAACACCUUGUCCUCUUUCCCACUAAUGUCCUGGCUUUAGUUCACACAUUAACUCUCCUAGUAAUUUAGCAGGAAUGUUGUUAGUUGUCGAUCUCAUCAAAUCAUUCAAAUCUAAGAACAAACCCAGAAACAGUAACCAUAAGAAUUUACGUUUCUAGAUAUAUAUGUGUGUGUGUGUGCAACUGACAGUCGAGAGUCUGUCAGAUAUCCGGAGAGCUCGGUACUGUAGUGUUUACUUGAGAAUAAAACUG